AUCAACGGAACAACUUUUCAGGUAAAUUUCCUGAAUCAGAUCAGUUUCACUCAUCAUCAUCUUUUCAUCAUCAAUUGAAUAACAAGUUUCAUUAACUUACCAAACAACUUGAAUACUAUUUUGUUUAUCAAAACAUUCAUUUCAUUGAAUCUCAUCUAACCGUUAACAUUGAAUUUACAAUUAAAUGAGUAAAAAAUAGUGUGUGAAUAUUUAACCGAUAAAAUCAAUGAGUAUCAAUAAUCAAUUUAGAUCAGUUAAAUUGUUGCCGAAUAAUAAAAUCAAUGGAUCAGAAUCAGUGUUUCCCAAUCACCACCAUCAUGGACAAUCAAAUAGCAAUACGAUUCCAAGUGAAUCAAAUCGUAACAAUAAUACUCAUGCUUCUUGUGAUGUGACAAUGAACGGAUUUAAUUCAGUGAUUAGUGUUAAAGAUAAAAUUGUUAUGAUGAACAAAUUGAAGACUCACAUGAGUGUUUCUUACAACGAUCGACCCUCGGCUCAGGUCACCUGCAAUCGACUUGUGAAUAAUAAUAAUAACAUUGAGAAUUCGAAUGGUUAUAAAAACGAUUGUUCGACAACAUUUUACUCUACAAAUAACGACGAGUUGUUACCGAUUAUUAAUAGUGAACCAUUAGCACCGAACGAUAGUAAACGAAGUACAGUUUUGAUAGGACCGAAUGUAAAUUUCAAUCAAUCGUCCACUAGAUUAAUUGGUUCGAGCGAUCAGACGAUAGUUCAAAAGGAAGCUAAUAGUUCACUUUGUGUUCGUCGAAUUAUGAUUUUACAUGAUAAUCUACAGUUCGAUGAGGCCAAUAAGUUCAUCGAUAAACUGUCACAAUUAACCUUUAGCAAAGUGAUUAAAGAGCUUCCGAUUGGAUCUUUAAUUGCUACGUUUCCAGGAUCAGUUAAACUGUUGGAAAUCAUUUAUACGAGAUUUAAUUGUCUUGAUGAUCAAUUGAAAUCGGAAAUUUGUUUCAAUGAGGUUUUACAACCUGAUAGAUUAGUGAUUAAUUUAGUUAAACUUUUCGCACUUCAAAAGCCAAUACAACCGAAUGGCAAAGGUUCAAAUGGAUUCCACAAGAACGCACUUCCUUUGAUUCGAGAAAAAUUUGAUUCAGAUCACCCGGUGAUCAUCGCCUCGAAAAAUAUACUCAAGAUUAUAUUGAUCUACAAGCCGUUCAUCCGCAAGGAAAUGUCCAAUCGUAAGGCCUCAUUGGACGAAGCACUUCAAGGAUUAAGUAAUCAUGGUUUAGUUGGUGCUGUUGAUCAAUCGUUGACCAGUUUACAUGAGGCUUUGCGUCUCGAAAUUUCAUCUGUAAUCGAUAAUUAUAAGGAUAUUUUGCUUCGAUUGGAAAACUUGAAAGAAUCGACAAACAAUUCAAAACGAACAGCAAUUUUGAGGUCAAUUUCUCGAGCGACCUCGCGAUCAUCAACAGCUCGAUUAAAUUCAAUGAACAAUUCAAAUGAGUUAUCGGUUAAUAACAAUAAUAAGAACCAAUUGAACAAAAAAUCGAACCUUAAGUUGGAAGAGUUACAAGAUCGACUUAUAUCGAAUCAAGUUAUUCUAAAUGCAGUUGAACCAAUUACGAUCUGUAAUCAACCUCUUCAAGAAUUAAUACUGACCCUUCAACAACGAAUCAACUACGAUAAACAAGUUCUUUCACAAUUUAAUCAACUUCGAAAGGAGUUUAAUGCCAAACGACCUCGAACCUCAGGAUCAGCGAGUGAUUCAGUUUCAUCCAUUUUCCCCGUUCUCAGUAUAUUUGCUUUCGGAUAUAAUCAGGUUCUCAAUUUAAUUAAUGAGAUUUCAACAUUAGAUGAAGCAAAUCAAUCAGAUGAUGAGAAUGAGAAAUUGCCGAUAAAAGUUGACCCAACAAUAGCCAAAGAUGAGAUCAAUACAAAGGUCAAGCAAAAUGGUGGACACAAAGGUGAUGAUGAGGUGAAAAAGGUUCAUCAUCAUGAUGAGAACUGUGAAAAUAAUUCGAGUCUCGAAUCGACUAGUCCAAAUAACGAUUUCGAGCUAAAUUGUCAAAUGCCAAAUAAAUAUAAUACAAUAAUCCAUCGUUCAGAUUAUCAUAAAAAUCGUAAAAUGAUUCCAAGUUUAUUAAAGGAAUUGAAAAACGACCAUUUAAUUACCGCUAAUCAAUUAACUGAUGGAAUCAAGGUAAAUGGAAACGAUUCAAAUUGUUUGGUUAAAGUUAAUCAAUCUACUUAUUCAUCUGAUGAUACAAUUAAAUCAUUGAAAGAUGAACUGAAUCGAGCAAAUAAAGUUAUUAAUGAGAUGAAGGAGCGAGAACAACAAUUAAAAGAUAGAUUAUCAGAUCAAGCUCAGAAAAUGCUAUCCAAGGGAUGGAAAUUGGAAAAUCUUUGUUUUAACGAAACUCGACCAACGGCCUUAAUCCGUCGAUACGGUAACUUGUACGCUCAGUCGAGAGUCGAUACACUCGAUGCAUUAGAUGACCUGAAGACCCUUAAAAAUGCUGAUGAUUUGAAGGCUAAAUUGUUAUUCUCGUUGGUCGUGCUUUCGUUUUGUUCAGUUGAACAAAGUGUCACCAGAAUCAGGCAGCAAAUACGAAAAGUGUUGAAAAUUCCCGCUGAUUUAACAAUUAAAAGUCAACCUGUGAGAGAAGCGAUCGAUGAGGUCGAUGUCGCAAUUACAUCUUACCUGAGAUUAUCUAUUGAUACAUUUGAUCCAAGAAAUAAUGUCGAGGAAGUUCUGAGUCAAAUUUGUGCCACACUCUAUGAUUAUCCAUGUUUACGAAGCUGCGAUGGUUUAUUGAUGUACAUAAAGGAUUGUGUCACUCUCGCUUGGGCACUAACCGUUCAAAAAACACCGUUUACAAUUGAAUAUGGAUGUCGGACUUUUGAUGAUCGAUUGCACAUUCGUUUCCAUACUUCAGAUCAAUCGUCGAAUCACAUUAAGAGUUAUCUUUGGCCAUCGCUAUUAGAAGCUUCGAAUGGACCUUGUGUACACAAAGGAGUUGUUAUCACUUAGAGAAAGUGAAUCAAUUUAACGCUAAUUGUUUCAAACAUUCCGAUUCAAUCAACUUUCAAAUAAAUUUUUCUACAAACUUUACAUAUAACAAUCACCAGUUCGAACUCUGUCCCAAUGAUAGAUCAAAAUAAACUUGGAAAAUAAGAGAAAUUGCUAAACGAGAGUAUAUACUUAAAUUAUCGAGAACUUUUACUGGUCAAAUCAAAAAAUAAAUCUAAUUUAUUGGUAAUUUAAUUUCUGAGCGACAUUUCUAAUCAUUUUUUAGAAAGAAAAGUAAUUCAAGUUUGGCGCUUUUCGAUUUCAACCAAUGGGAAUCGUAGAUAUUCAAGUUGUUCAAUUUGAAGAUUUUGUUUGUUUUGCUAUCAGAUCAAUUCUUAUUGUAAUACAAUAAUGGUAAGACUCAAGAUAUGUCCGUCAGCUCGAUAUUUUCAAUUUUCAGCUCAUUUUUUUCUCGGCUUAAAGUUCGGUUUGAUUGCCUCAGGCCCUCCGAGCCUUUCUUCGGUCUUAUGUAGCUUGAGUCUUACCCAAUUUUUCUGUUCGAAGAAAAAAUAUCGAUGUAUCGAUUUUUUCGUAAACAAUCGAUUAGAUUUUUGUUUAUUUUUCUUCAGUUGGAAUUUUUUUUUGUCUCCUCGUGUGAGUUUUUCUAUUGUUUUUUCAUUAGUUUUUUUUGGUUAUUCUUUUCUUUUUAUUAUGGAAUCGUGUGUAGAAAAGGAGCAAGCUAAACUUCCCCAGGAAAUUUCUUUAAUCUCUUUAAUUCAAUCUCGAUAUUCUGAGAUAAAACAAAUUAUCAAUGAGUUUAAAACGACUUCUCCAAAAUUGGCUUCUCAAAAGGAUGUACCCAUUUCUAUUUUCCUUAUUACAAAUCUAUAAUCAUUCGAAUUGACGAUAUUGAUCUGGUCUCUAAGAAAUUGGAUCAAUUCACAAAGUCCAAUUUUGAUUCAUUCUUUUCCGGCCCUGUUGCCUUAGGAUUCACCUCGAAAUGGGUACAAUUUUUCAAAGAUUCCGAUUCUCAGAGUCAAAUCAUGGGACCAGGAUAUCUAAUUUUCGAUAAGAAAAAUAACAUCCUCAUCAUUUGGUGUCACACUUUGAUUCACAGCGAGAUAUCGAAUAAGUUAUUUUUCAUUUGCGGUGGUAAAGUUUCUGACGGUGAAAAGAUUUACCAACUUUUCAGUUUGAUUGGAUCUGAGAGUUUACAUCAUUUGAAAAAAACUCUUGGUGAUUGUGGAUCAUUUUUACCCGAUAACUUUCAGGAUGGAAACAUUUUAACAAUCGAAGGUGACAAAAUUCUCAAUGAACCGAUCGGAGAAAAAUCUUCACAGCCUCACAGAAGAAUAGAAAUUAGUCAAGAUAACAAUGAAAAUUUAACUUCUUUAAUCAUUCAUAUGGUCAAAAUGAAUAAUAGAGAAUUGAUCUUUCUAUCAAUACCAUAUCCAAAAGCCAAAGACUUUUAGUAUAAAUUAGUUAGGAAUCGGACUCAUCUAGUUGGUUAUCCUUAGUUUUGGCUUCAUUAUAUUUCUAUUACUGAUAAGAUCAACCAAAGCACAUCUUUAUGUGAUCAUCCUGUGGGAAAACAAAUCAAGCACCAAAUAAAAAAGUCCAUUAAAAAAAGCGAAACGCUUUAAAUGGACUUGCGAAUGGAGUAAAUAUCGAGAAAUAUAAAUUUUAAUUUGUCCAAUAUUAUGUAUUCAUAUCAUAACAAAAAGCAAAAGAACGAUUUGAUCAAUUACUUCAAUGAACAUGGUGAUUUUCUAAUUGGUCUCAAGUGGUCACUAUUGCACUGAUUUUAGAUUAAUCGUCAGUUCGUAUUAAAAUUGCUCUUGGAAAUGUUUAAUUAGUUGGUCAUUGACACUCAGAGGAGAAACUAGAAAGUGAACAGAAAAUCUUGCAAUGAUUCUCAUUUAUCGUCAACAAAACUCGUUAAGACAAUUAAAUCAACUGUCAGUUGUUAUCAUCUUUUCAUCAGCAGCAUUUGAUUAGUACAUUUUUGCACUUCAAUGCUGUCAUCUAAUCGGAUAAAAUUAGUAACAAUGUUUCAUUGUAAUAGUAAAAACAACAACUUUUCACUCGUGGAGCAUCUGUUUACAAUUAGAUGCGGAAUUAAUCAAUUAAUUGAAUUCGUCUGCAAAAACUAACCACGGUUACAAUUGAAUCUUUUCACGUGCAAUCAAAAGUUAAACCACAAAAAAAUGACUGAUUAACCAAAUCUUUUCCAAUAAGAACUCUUGUCUAACCGGAAUGGCAGCAUCAUCAAUGUCAAUUCUGUAUUAUAUAAUUUUAAUCAACUGAUUGCUAAUCAUUUAAAAGCAGAAACUCCCACUCA